AUGAGCGCGCCUGAGCCACCCACGAAGCAAUCCCCCUUUUUCACUCUCCCACUCGAACUCCGCGAGCAGAUAUACUCGCUCUACCACAAGCCCGCCGAUCGCCUUGUUCGCAACCAUAUUCUUGAUGCGCAGGGGCUCUUCGGCGGCGUAUACGAAUUUGACUUUGCGCUUUGGAGAGCGAAUAAGCAGGUGUAUGAAGAAGCUAGACGUGUGUGGAGAAGGGAGAAUGUCUUCAUGAAGAUUGGGUUGCCAUGGCCUAGUGCUGUAAAUCACAUAUCUGCAGAGGGCCUGGUACCGAUUGUCUGCACAGAUGAGAAAGCAGACCUGUUUGAAAACGAACACGCACUCGUACAGAUCACAGCGCCUUUCCACCAAACCAUGCCCGAGCACAUGGCCGUAAUAUUAGUCGAUGACGUACAUCUGUUCAGCCAAAUCUGGUUCUAUAGCGCACUCAGUUACCCGAUGAUGAACGACCGUCUGGCUACUACAUUCAUCUUGCAAGACCCGUAUAAUCCGGGAGAAGAGAAGCCAAACAUACCCCUAUCUCUCCAACGCCGUCUUCUUCUCCCAUUCGAACACAUCAAGGGACUUUAUAGCCUAGAAAUCCGCGGCUACGACCCAUCCGUCGAGGCAGAACUCCGACGACGUAUGGCCGUCCCACUUCCCACACUCGUCGAAUACCUUGACCAGGCCACCGAUCUCCUAGUGAAAGGCGAUGCGAUCCUCAAAGCCAACCAGCCCGAGCAAGCACUGGAAGUGUAUGUUCAAGCCUUCAAGGCUAUACAUAUUAUCAUCAACGGCCGUACCCGCCGCGUCCUCGCCGACGUCUUCUUUCACCAGCUCAUCACCACGGGCCGGUACUCCGGCCAAACUGGUAUGACAGUGCGCGUCAUGCUGCGACUCCGCCUCGUCGCGCGUACCAUCGUAUGCUACCUCGCCCUCUCUCGCUUUGACGAAGCCGCAUUCUGGGGGAUGCGCAGUAUUCGCAUCAUGCGGGAAGCCAUGGACAUUGAAUUCGAAGAGUUUUUAUCAGAGUUUGUAGGCGGUUCAGACGUGGGUCUUAUUUAUAUGCGGACUGGGGUGGCGUUUUGGAACAUGGAGCAGGACAGAGGACGCUGGGGGACGGUACUGCACGAGUACAGGGAGGAGGAGGAUGCGAAGAGUGAGCUUUUGUGGGAAGGUGCGAGGAGGCAUCUUGGGAAGCAGAGUAAGGAGGCUGUGAGGAGGGAGUUGGGGGCGUACGGGGUGCCGAGGGAGGUUGCCACGACACUGUACUUCAGCUCUCGUCCACAACAAAACUUGGUUUACUCCUUUGCACCCAGCCAUCAUUAUACACAGAUACACCCAUCUGCCCAAUCACCCUUCACUUGCAAACCCCCAGAAUCCCCAAUGGAGUGGUUACUGUCUGUGCCUUUUGAUGUGGAGGACAUUGAGCAAUUGUCAUGCGGUGGCCAUCUGAGAUUCGUGGGACGCAAAUUACAGUGCACAUCCAUCUCAUGGUAUGCUGGAAACCCUUUUUCAGUCCGUUCAAAAGAUGUCAUUCAGCUCUUUCGUUGCAUGGAAGAUGAGGAGAUCUGUGUCCUGAGACGUCGAGGCAAAGUUAACGUCAGCCAGGGUCCAAGCGUCAUGACGGCAUCAACUGGCACUGGCAGCCGAAUGAUGAAGAAACCAACUUUCUCACAUUGUGCAUCCCAUGGACAGUCGGAUAGCCCCAUUAUCUCAUCAUCCACAAUGGAGCGCCGCCAGUUACUAGCUUGCAUUCGUUCCCUGGCCAGAGGUCUAGGACAGCGUCAAACUCCCGUGAUGGCGCGCACGACCGGCUGCCGUCUCCUACACCUCACACGCCCCAAUGGGUUGCAGUCACGGCCACCACAGACGCGCGACCGUGGGCCCAAGAGCAACGAAGAUACGCAGACCGACUUCAGUGCCCUCGAUGUCCUCCGCAACACCGUUGCGCCUGCCACGUCCAUUGACGCAUGCACGCCCGAAGGCUUUGCACUGAACAAUCAGAUGCGUGUUAGUGGCUGUGGUCUGUUUCUCCUGGGCGGGGAAGCCUUUCGCUGGCGGCCGUGGCUUCAAAAGGGCCAGGCAGAGUCAGAAGGAGAUGCACUCAAGGGCCGGCUGUUGAACAGCAAAUCCCAGUGGGAGGUGCCUGAGAGCGCGUGGGGUGUGUUGGAGCUGGUGUAUCCGAAGCCAGAUCUCCUCAUCAUCGGAACAGGCCCCAGCGUCACGCCCAUUGCGCCCGCCGUCCGCUCCCACCUCAAUGGUCUUGGUAUCCGCUUGGAAAUCCAGGACACACGCAACGCUGCUGCACAAUUCAACCUGUUGGCCACGGAGCGAGGCGUGGACCAAGUUGCUGCUGCGCUCAUACCCAUGGGCUGGAGGGAGAGCCGAUUCAUCGCCGAUAUGUGGGACCACAGCUUCAGAUUCGGGUUUGGCCCUCGUGCGCCCACGUUGGACGAGGAAGCUGCGGUACCACUGCUUGCUGGAGAGGAUUGUGCGCGCAUGCAGUAUGGCGAUGACACGCCCCCAGGACCCACGGCUAUCGCAGAAUCAGACUACAAACAGUCUCACGCUGAUUCACAAUCAACCCUGAAGUCACCGGCUCAGCCAUCUAAGCCUUCACCUAAGCAGCUUACAGAUUCGACAAACUCUCACAAUAGACCAGAACAGCGAAGCCCCGACCUUUUACUUGCCCCAAUCCGUGCGCUUCUAGAAAGGCUGGAGAGUACGACACCAACGAGCUUACCGCCUUACAACCCACGAGUACGAACCAAGAGUCACGCCCAGAUCCUUAAGGGACGACUACUACCUAUAGGCGACUUCAUCGUCACCAGCGUCCUGGCGUGGGAGCCUCAAGCAAUCCGGGGAAGCCUUGAGUUGGAAAUUUGUCGCCACAUCGCCACACGCUACUGGCCGCUACCCGUCACUGACUUCACACAUCUGUACAUUAUGGAAAUGUAUCACAAUGCUCAGUACGCGGUGACCAUGGGUCUAUCUGCUUGA